AGUCCCCAACCCAACCUACAGGCACUGGGAACUUGCAAGCAGCCAGGGAACGCUGAAAAUAGCACGUCUUUUUCUUUCUUUGUGUUCAAAACUAUUUUCUUUCUUCACCAGAUUUUGUUUUCCUCCCCCCGCUGCAGUUGUUUCCCAUUAGUAACCCGAUCUCUCAGAGCAGUAAGAUUCGCCUUCUACGCCUCUUUUUCCCUCCGCCCGAAUUGUUUGUUUUCUGCACAUCUCCUUCAGGGAGCCGCUGAGGCUUCCCCCCGACUCUUCCCAGUUCUUUUUGCUUCCCCUCGGCCCCCCAAGCAGAACGAUUUCCACUCCGUCUGUUUCUUCUCCUCCUUUCUCUCCCUCUUUCCCUCCAUCCUCGAGCGUCUCUGCGCUCCCACAGCGCAGCCCUCUCUGGUCCCUUGCCUCCUUCACUCGGAUGAGCUGAAAGCCCCGGGCGUGUGUAUAUGGAAAUAGUGGGGUGCCGAGCAGAAGACAACUCGUGUCCUUUCCGCCCCCCAGCCAUGCUCUUCCACGGGAUCUCCGGAGGCCACAUCCAAGGCAUCAUGGAGGAGAUGGAGCGCAGAUCCAAGACUGAGGCCCGUCUGGCCAAAGGCGCCCAGCUCAACGGCCGCGACGCGGGCAUGCCCCCGCUCAGCCCGGAGAAGCCCGCCCUGUGCGCCGGCUGCGGGGGCAAGAUCUCGGACAGGUACUACCUGCUGGCUGUGGACAAACAGUGGCAUCUGAGAUGCCUGAAGUGCUGUGAAUGUAAGCUGGCCCUCGAGUCCGAGCUCACCUGCUUUGCCAAGGACGGUAGCAUUUACUGCAAGGAGGAUUACUACAGAAGGUUCUCUGUGCAGAGAUGUGCCCGCUGCCACCUUGGCAUUUCUGCCUCGGAGAUGGUCAUGCGCGCCCGAGACUCUGUCUACCACCUGAGCUGCUUCACCUGCUCCACUUGCAACAAGACUCUGACCACGGGCGACCAUUUCGGCAUGAAGGACAGCCUGGUGUACUGCCGCGCCCACUUCGAGACCCUCUUGCAAGGAGAGUAUCCACCGCAGCUGAGCUACACGGAGCUGGCGGCCAAGAGCGGCGGCCUGGCCCUGCCUUACUUCAACGGUACGGGCACCGUGCAGAAGGGGCGGCCCCGGAAGCGGAAGAGCCCAGCGCUGGGAGUGGACAUCGUCAAUUACAACUCAGGUUGUAAUGAGAAUGAGGCAGACCACUUGGACCGGGACCAGCAGCCUUAUCCACCCUCGCAGAAGACCAAGCGCAUGCGAACCUCUUUCAAGCAUCACCAGCUCCGGACCAUGAAAUCUUACUUUGCCAUCAACCACAACCCGGAUGCCAAGGACCUCAAGCAGCUUGCUCAGAAAACAGGUCUGACCAAAAGAGUUUUGCAGGUUUGGUUCCAAAACGCACGAGCCAAAUUCAGAAGGAACCUUUUGCGGCAGGAGAAUGGGGGUGUUGAUAAAGCUGACGGCACGUCGCUUCCGGCCCCGCCCUCAGCAGACAGCGGAGCUCUCACUCCACCCGGCACUGCGACCACUUUAACAGACCUGACCAAUCCCACUAUCACUGUAGUGACAUCCGUGACCUCUAACAUGGACAGCCACGAAUCCGGAAGCCCCUCACAAACUACCUUAACGAACCUUUUCUAACAUUGGUUUUUUUUUUUUUAUUUUUUAAAUUCUUCCUCUUCUUUUUAUUAUUAUUCUAAUUAUUAUUAUUUUAUUAUUUACAAGACUUUUUUUUUCUUCUAACCCACAAGAUAUUUGGGGAAUAAAAAUAACAGCUUGGUGUGUAGCAUCUGCAGCCACUUGGCAAAUGAGUUUACAGUAUUGUCUCCUUUAAGUGAAUAUAUUUUGUCUACAAAGUGUAUUUGGAUUUAAAAAAAAUUAAUUAGGUCUUUCAGUUGGUAAGGAGAGUUUUUGAAUAAUUCUAAUAAGUGCCUCUUAAAAUUGUAUGUUACUUAUUUCCAGAAUCUCGAGGAAAAAAGAAAAAAGAGUGGUAUUAUUAUGGGCAAAUAAUCAUAUUCCCAGUUAAAUGAUUAGGUUAAUAAAGAACCAGAUAAUUAAUUAGUUACUUUUUAAAUCUUGCAAUUGUAUGUGUGAUUAUGGAGUUUUGAAAACGUUACAUUUUUUAAAUCUUAAAACUGAAAACUUGUUUUUAGUAUUUCUAUUUCUUACCUGAACUGUUAAUUCAAGUGAGGAAUAUGAUGAAAUAAAAGCAUUAACUAUAGACAUUUUAAAUAGUAAUGGUUAAUUAGGUGAGAAAUCUAUUACAGGAAUGUGACUUUUCCUUCUCUUAGGGGUGUACAACUCUAAAAACUUUUUACUUGGUUAUUUGUUUUUCAACAUUUGAAAAAUACUUAAGCUCCCUAUGUAUCCAUGAAAAUUCCGCAUUGAUUUUGACAUUCCAUACUUUUAACCUCCUAAAGCUAAAAACAAUAGCUCGGAAACCAUUCUUUCUAGUUACUUUUUUUCCCAGGGAAAAUGGAAAUAAGCAAAAUAUAAUGUUUUAAGAAGUAAAAAAAUUAGUAUAAUUUAAUUAAUAGCUCUAUUAAUUGGCUUCAGCUGUACCAUGAUAUUGUAUCUGGCAUUCUAUGUGAAUAAUGUUUAAAAUACCCAGCCUGGUAGACUUAUACCAACAAUUGGUUUUGUUUUGCUUUAUUUUAUUUUGACAUAGGUUGACUUAUGUAUUGAAAAUAAUUUUUCUGAUAUUAGAGAUUUGAAGUUAUUAGUCUUAAAGUAGAUAAACUCAGAAGCCUUGUGGAUGCUGAUCUGAAUAUAUUUCCUAGUUUACAGUAGCAUUUUUUUUCUUUUAAUUUAAGCUAAAAUCUUAAUGGUCUGGGCAGUGGUGAAUGUUCAUCUAUUACGCUUCUGUUGUAGUUAAAUACCAAUUAGAUUGUGGAUUUCCUAAAAAAAUAAAAAAGAAGUCAAGAUAUAUGUCUUGCUUUAGUGGAUUGUUAAGAAUAACUUUGCACAUAUUCUCCACUUUUUGGACCCCUUAAAUCUCCUUUGGUGGUCGAAGUGGCUAUUUAAUAGAUUUUAAAGGUGUCCUUCUGGCUGUAUAAAUGUGUGGUUACAUAUUGACAGUUCACUGCCCACAUUAAAGUGCAUUAUUGUAACUUUUGCUCAGGGUCUUUAGAAAAUUAGCACAGAAAGUAGCUUAUUUUUUAAAAAAAGAUGAUGGAAGAUAAGUUAACACUGUAACAGAAGAAAGGUGUGAUUGCCAUUAUAUAUUUAGCAAGUAUGGUUAUCAUCUUAUAUGGAGCUUAAAUCUUGACUUUUCAUAUUUCUAUUACAUUUUGGGCAUUUACCACUAACCAGACCAAACAACCUUGGUAAGGCUGAGAUCUUAUUAAUACACUUUUACAGGUAAAAUAAUGACACUUAUAAAUUUUGUUCUUUGACAGAACAAUAUAUGGUACUAUAUAGAUCUACUUUAUUAAGUAGACUAAUUAUAACUCAGUUCUCCUAUGUGCCUUAUGAUAUAACUUGGAAGUAAGUUUGUGAAAAAUCAGGAUAUAUGUGUUGUUUGUUAAAUUAACUGUUUUAAGCCCUUUUGACACCUCACUAGUUUUGUACUGUUUUACCUCUUAUUUCUGAAACUCUUUUUAUGGUGUAUCCUGUUAGAGGAGACAAACAUGUCAUAGAAAGCAGUUGUGCACUCUCUCAAAUAUAGUUGAUAAAUUCAAUAAUCUUAUAUAUUGAGCUUCGUGUUUAUAGUACAGUAAGUGGUCUAGCAAAAUUGUCCAUGUUUCUUUGUUAAUUGAUAAAUGCAUUGUAUAGAAACUAUUUCCCCUAAAUAUUUAUGGACCAAACAAUUGUGAUAUAUCCUAUUAAAUUUGUGUGAAUAAACCAUUUUGAAUCUAAGGAGUUUUCUUUCCCAUCAGUUUUAUUUAAGUUUUAACCGUACUAGUGUGUUCCAGCAUCUAUAUGUAAAAGCUAUUCAAAUGGUAAUACAACAUUUUUAGAAAUAUUUAAACAUACAAAUAGUUUUUAGAUUUCCAAAUUUCUGAUUCAUAUGAAAUGUUACACAUUGUUGCACAUGCAAUGUAAUUCAACCUAGAAAUACCUUUGGAUAUAUUUUCUUAUAACAAAAGUAAUGCCCCACUGAUUUGACUCAGUCCAAUUUUUAGAAUAAAAAGGCUAAUUAGCAUAUAAAGUAAUUGCAUGGAACAAAACCUUAAAUAUGAUUAAGAUUUCAUGUUAGGUCUAUUGAGCACAAAUGGAUAUUUGUAAAUCUAAAUAGAAAUUGCAGACCCCUAAAAGCCAAGUUGCUCUGUAGUUAAUAAAUUGUCACUAUGAUUUUUUUCAGGGAGAACAAAUCUUGGGGCAUUACAGCCAAACAUCCCGACGUUUGAAAAUUCCCUAAAGUAUUAAAAGAAGGGGAAAAGUUUGAUCGGAAAUCCACUGCAGUGAAGACAAAGACACUAUUAGGUUAUGAUAAUCAUACAUUAAAAAAUUUAUUAAGCCAAAAAAAGAGAGAGAGAGAGAGACUUAAAUGUCAUUUACUGAAUGUUAACGAAUCUUGUGUUCUUUAUGGUGUCUAACACAACUGAAGGCCUAAAAUUAUGUGGUUUAAACAAAAUUAGAUAAACCAUGUACAAAACCAGAGCAACCUGGCAGUAAUAUGCCCACCCCAUAUUUGAAAAAAAUUAUUAUUGAAAAAAAUUUCACACAUUUGUCAAGCACAAAUAGUUGUAAAAUAAAGUCCAAAACAUUCAUUUCACCUGCUUGCUAAUGUGUAUUAGUCCUGUUAAUGGCAUUUUCCAACUGUAAAUUCAAAGAAAAGCUAUCACCCCUUUAAGAGUAUAGGGCUCAAACCCCAGUAAUUUUAGCAUUAUUGUUUAUUACUUCCUUUUUAAACAGAAAUCUCUGCAUGCACUUUUACAUAUGUCACCUCUAGUGUACACCUCUGUAUGAUGACUUAUCUUUGCUGUUUCUUGUAUGAUAAAUAGCUUUCAUUAAUAAACAUUUAUUUGAUGCAAACAUAGUUAACUUUAUGUUAAACACACGCUGUUGAAAUUAAUUUUGAACACUUAAAGAGGCAGCACAGUACAUUUACAACUUGUUAUACUAAUGAAAAAAUACAAACAGCAUAGUGAGAUUAAAUUCUGGUAAUCUAGGAUAAAAUUACUUACUUGGUUUUUACCUUUUCAUGACUUAUUUUCAUUUGUUGUAUUCAAUUGCCACAUGUAUUAAAAAUAAAAAACAAAGUGAACCCAAAUUACAACAAAAUAAACCUUA